UUGUGCGGCCCCCACUUGGGCUGUCUGGGGGCCAAGCUCACUGUGGACAGCUUGCCUGCUGCUGACCGGGUUGAUUGCCUUGCGACACGGCCGGAGCCUGUCCCUCUUUCCUCAAACCAACACCUCCAUUUCCUGUCCCUCCUUUGCCAUAUUUUCAACAGCAAGGACGGAGGCAGCAAGAUGGAUUUCCUCCAGCGCCUCGCCCGGUUCUUGGACCGCCCAUUAUUCCCAUGGAAGCGUCUCAUUCUCGGCUUCUCGGUCGGCCAGUUCGUCUUCGAGAGCCUGCUCUCGUUGCGCCAGUACCAAGUCCUCAAGAAGACAAAGCCCCCCAAGGUCCUCGAACAAGAAAUUUCACAGGAAACUUUCGACAAGUCUCAGGCCUACGGUCGCGCUAAAGCUCAAUUCGAAUUCGUCAACGGUCUCUGGGGUCAGAUCCAGAAUAUUGCUUUUAUCCAAUACGAUGUCCUCCCCAAGCUGUGGUCUUGGACCGGUAACCUGCUGCUCAAGUUCGCGCCGGCGCGCUUCACCGGCGAGAUAUCGCACUCCAUCGUCUUCGUCCUGGCCUUCAUCAUCAUCCAGCAGAUCCUCUCGCUUCCCAGCUCGGUAUACCAGACCUUCGUCUUGGAGGAAAAGUUCGGUUUCAACAAGCAGACGCCCAAGCUGUUCAUCACCGACAUGAUCAAGUCCCAGCUGCUCGCCUUUGUCAUCGCCCCCCCGAUUCUCGCCGGUUUCCUCUCCAUUGUCAAGAAGACUGGUAACCAAUUCUUCUUUUACCUCUGGUUAUUCGCCGCUGGCCUUCAGGUCUUCAUGAUCACCAUCUACCCGAUCGCUAUCCUGCCUCUGUUCAAUAAGCUGUCGCCUUUGGAAGAGGGCGAGCUGAAGACCGGUGUCGAGAGUCUCGCCAAGAGCCUGAACUUCCCCCUGCACGAGCUUUACGUCAUUGACGGAAGCAAGCGCAGCGCCCACAGCAACGCCUACUUCUUUGGUCUUCCCUGGAAGAAGCACAUUGUCAUCUACGACACCCUCAUCGAGAAGAGCGAGACGCAGGAGGUCGUGGCUGUUUUGGCUCACGAGCUGGGUCACUGGAGCCUGGGUCACACCACCCGUCUCUUUGGCAUCUCCCAGGUCCACUUCUUGUACAUCUUCACUCUGUUCUCAGUUUUCAUCAGCAACAACUCUCUGUACGCCGACUUUGGCUUCCUCAAGGAGCACCCCAUCAUUAUCGGUUUCAUCCUCUUCUCUGAUGCGCUCUCGCCCAUGGACACUGUUGUUAAGCUCUUGAUGAACAUCCUGAGCCGCAAGUACGAGUUCCAGGCUGAUGCCUUUGCUCAGAAGCUUGGCUACUCCGUUGAGCUGGCUAAGUCCCUGCUCAAGCUGCAGAUUCAGAACCUCAGCACCAUGGAUGCUGACUGGGUCUACGCCACGUACCACUUCUCUCACCCUCACCUCUCCGAGCGUCUCAAGGCACUCAACUGGAAGUCCACGGGCAAGGUCACCAAGGACGAGCCCACCGUCGGAACGACCACUGGAAGAGAUGAGUUGUAG